GACGAAAAGUUUCGAAGAGGUUUAUAAGAUGUCGCGCGUAUGACGUGUCUCGAUUCUUGAGGGCGGUCUCAUCCUGGCAGUGUGCGGCAGGUAGCUGAUCUGUGAGUCGAUCACAGCAGACUGCUGUCCUAGCACUUGCUCCGGCACCCUUUAGAUCCUCGCGCCUCAAUCCGAACGUCCCACGAGUCAGAUCACCUGGAUUGUGACAGUGACGAUAGAGGUGCCCCCGGUCGUUGUCAGCGCUAGGACGGCUCUGUCAUCGUUCGCCAAUGUCCGUCGGGCUCAAGCAGCGACGACACGAUUGCUCCGUCGUGUACGAAUAGACUGUCAUGUCGACGCCGAUGCGGAUCUCCCCUCCGCUCGAUAUAAAGUCAUCUGGGGCACUCGAGGAUCAGCAGGCAAAGUCGGAGACUGCUAGCGGCACUGCUAGCUCAGCAGCGACGCCCAAGCACUCUGAGUCGACAUCAGAUGGUGAAUCGGAUGCGACGAGUGGCUCGCUCAGACAACUCAAGGUCAGAGAUCUAGAACUGGAUGACGAUGGGGCGACUCAGACGAGCGGCUCCAAGAAGACAAAGCUCUCUUCUGGCGAUGAGAGCAUCAGUCCACAAUCAUCUGCGCCGGACGAGCUUCAUAAGCAGUCUACGCUGGCGGAGCGAGCCAAUGAGGAAAGGCUCAUGACCCCGCCUAGAACGCCAGAGCUGGGCAGGGGCUUUCCAGUAGAAAUCUUUCGCCACAUCGCAAGCCAUAUCGCAGUGCGGUCGACUGCAGAUCUGCUCAACGCCACGCUGGUUUGCAAAGCUUGGCGACAGAUCUUGUUAGAUGAUCCCGAGCUAUGGCGACACAACUAUGUAUUGGAUCUCACCAGCCGAUCGGCUCAAGCAGCUCUGCAAUGUUUCCUACCCCGCGCAAGACAAGGCUUGAGAAGUCUCACAAUCUUGCUCAGCGAUGCGUACUCGAAUGCCGACUUUCAAUUACUUCACGAUCAUUGGCGAAUGCUCAUCAGAACCUUUCUCACCAUCGAGCCUGGCGAUGCUCUAGAGAGGAUAAAAGUCAACUGUCUCGCAGAUGACAGAGACACCAUUCUGGCGCUGUUUGUCGUUCUCACAAAAUUAAGCUGUCAACUGCCUUCACUGCUAACCUUCUUAUGCAAUACUCGCAUGUCUGACCGCUUUGGCAUUAUGAAGCGCUUUUUUACAAGCCUUCCGGUCGCUGUGUCGGUGGAGAUUACGUGUCUAGUCCAGCAGGUCGAAGAACAGACACACGCUCCGCCGUUCCAAUGGCUUGGUAUGCCAGAGAUGCCAAUGCCGCUAGCGCUGCCGUUGACACGAUUGUCGCUCGUUUGCGUCGAUCUGACACUGCUCGAUCUACCGAUGCUGCCAAAUCUACGUUUCCUCAGCUUGGAAUGGUGUCUGGCAGAUAUUAGUCUUUGGCAGAUCCUAGCCAAUGCGCCAAACUUGGAGAUUCUCGACUUAUCGCAGACUGAUAGCACCGAGGAAGAAGAAGAAGCGGUCUCAAUACCGCUAGAUGGCCAGCGGCGACACCUUUUACUUCCUCGAUUGCGGCAGCUGACCGUCUACGGUCCAAGCUCGGUCCUGUUCUGGGUUCCAGAGACCGAUGAGCCUCUGACGCCAGAGGUCCACAUGCCUGCGCUGCUCGAAUGCAAGCUAAUCAAGACGCGCAAUUUGAACGAAGCACCGUCUCUUUCGGCAAGCAUCUUCGAUAUCGAAGAAGAAGCAGACUGCCUUCGAGCCCUAGCGAGUCUAGCGCCGCAGAUUACGAGACUUUCGCUCGACUACUCCACGGUGGAGGACAUGCCGCUAUGGCAGAGUCUAGGCUGCUUCGCGAACAUCACCUAUCUAUCACUCAAAGGAACAGAAGUGACCGAUCUACUCAUCAUGCAACUACCGGAUCUCACGCCUGGCUUGCGAGAGAUUGACGUGCGUAACUGUCCAGGUGUCAAUGCUGGCGCGCUUGCAUCUGUCGUCGAGCGUAUUAGAGAGAACAGUGACGGCGCACGACGACUGCAGAAGGCUUGGUGCGAUGAGCCGGUGUCUUUUGGUGGAACAGAGAUCGAAGUGGCAGAGCGAUUAGCCUACCAGUGGCUCGAAUUUCAGGGCGUCGUUCCCGACAUGGUUCGCAUGCGCUGGCAUGAGAAGCCGAGACGCUACUGGAAGUCACCGGUGGGGGGGAGACCCUGGCUUGGGCCACCUGCUGUCAAAGCGCGAGCGUCUGCAUCCAGGAUGGACGAACGAUACUAUACAGGUAGCUCUAGACGGCACAGUACCGAGACAGAAGAGCCAGAGCUCUAUGACGAUACGGAGGACGAGGACGAUCUGUCGGAAGCGGCGACAGAAUGAUGUCCCUCUUACGCAACCGCAUUUCAGACGAAGGAAUCGACAUCUAGCUGGGUGGAGAUGUGUUGUAACAGAAGUGUAGAGACGAGAAAUAGGCACU